AAAAUAAAAUGAAAACUCCUCUGGAGUAACCUCUAUUUCUCUGCAUAAUCAAUUUCUAAAACCCUACACCGUUCUCAAACUCCUCUAAAACCCCCCAACUCUUCCUCAACCUUACUCUCCACUCACUACAAACAACAACAAAUAUGCGCCCUUUCGCUCAGCAUCUCACUAACCCGCUUACUUCUCAUGCUCCUGGAGCUUCUGCUCCACAACAGGCUGUUGGAAGUGCGAGUAAUAUGUUGCCUAAUCUAAUGCAAAUUCAAUCGCAAAUGGGUUUUACUAAUUUUAACCCAAGUAUGGGUAAUGCUCAAAUGCCCCCUGGUUUUAUGAAUGUUCCCAAUUUCAAUGCUUUGCAAAACGGUCAUCCGGGUGGCGGCUCAAUUAUGGGUUCAGUUCAACAUAAUUCUGGGUUUUCUCCAAAUAAUUUUGGGCAGAAUUUGAAUGUUUUGGGUUUUCCAAUUAACGGGCAAUUGAGUAAUUUGGGUCAAGGAAAUCAAACUCCUCAGUUAUUUGGGCAUAAUCCCUUAAGUAAUGGCCAGUUUGGCUGGCAGAACCAAUUGCAAAAUAUGAAUCAACUUGGGAAUAUGCCAAUGUUGAAUCCCUCUCAAGUUAAUGCCUUGACUCAGUUAUUGGGUUGUGCUAACCAAGUUGCCCAGGCAAUGAAUUCGCAAAACGCCGCAUUUCUUGGGAACCCACAGCUUGGUUUUGGCCAACCUAAUGGUGGUCUACAGCAGGGUGGCUUCAGUCAACAGCUGCCUGUAGCUCCUCAGCAGCUGCAGAAUGUUUCUGUUCUGCCUUCAAAUCCCGCUGCUUCGUCUCAUCCUCAAUGCCAGCCCUCAAAUUUGCAGAGUAAUCAUGGUCAAAAACAAGGAAUGCAGUUUCCAAACUCCAGCCACCAUCAAAAUAAGAAUUUUGUGAAUCAUAAAAGAGAAGCAUCUAACUGGAGAGUUCAAAAGUCUCAAGAUCGUCAGAUGCAUAAUCCAAAAGGGAAACAGAAGUUUUCUAACAUCAACGAAGGAAAAGGCAUUACAAAUGAUGAUCCUGAUAAUUCUGCAAACCAACCGCAAGGUGGAAAACGAAGGUCACUCGCUAUGCUCUACACUGAGAAAGAAAUUCAGCAGUGGCGUGAAGAACGCAAGAAAAAUUUUCCAUCUAAAGGCAAUGUGGAAAAGAAGCAGGCACAAAAGCAAGCAAACACUGAUGCUGCAGAUGAAGAUGCCAAGUUACGACGUCAGCAAUUAAAGGAUGUACUGGCGAAGCAAGUUGAGUUGGGUUUUGAAGUUCCGGAAAUCCCAUCCCACUAUCUGUCAGAUACAGAGCAACAGGCUCAUGGGAGGGACAAAUCUAGAAGGCCAUUGAACAAGGGGCGCUUCCCAAAUAAUGGGCGAUCCCAGAAUAGGUUCAGUAGAGGUGGAAAGUUUGACAACAAAGAUAGGUUUUCUACGAAAAGGGACACAGAAUAUGAUGGUUCAUUCAGGAAACAUGAACGAUUCACAAAAAGACAAAGGACGGAGGACGAUAAUGCACCAAAGACCCCUUUGAUAGUUAAGGAACCAACACUUCUGCAAAAGCUUUUGAGUACCGAUAUAAAGAAAGACCAGAGCCGUCUAUUGCAGGCUUUUCGUUUUAUAGUCAUCAACUCUUUCUUCAAGGAUUGGCCCGAGAAACCUCUUGAUUUCCCUAAAGUUAUUGUUAAGGAAAUUGGAGUUGAGAGCGAUGUAAUUCAAGAGAAGUCUUCCAUUAAGGCAGAACUCAGCAACGACGAGGAAGGAGAUACUUCAGCUGUGAAAGAUGGUGAAAAUGACGACCCUCAAGAAGAGGGAGAAAUCACUGACUAGGAGGGAUAUUAUACUUCCUUAUGUGGUAUAUGUAUAUUGUUUGUACUUUUGUAUUCCUCACCACAAUUGACAAUCUCAAUUUCACUUUUAUGUUCUCUUUGACGUUAGCUUAUACGAAUAGUUUUUUUUAA